ACAUGAGUUUCAGGCUUUCAGCCAAGCCGCCGGGUCACCGACUCACCUCCGCGCUGUCUUCCGGAUCCAGUUCCGAUUUCUGAAGCAGGACAACACAAGGAUCCAGUUCCGAAGCAGGUAUACACAAGCUUGCAUCCCCUUCCCUGAUCUCCCCCACGCCAUGUCCGACGCGGACGCCGGCGGCGACGAGGUCAUCCACGACGCCCCCAACUUCAUACGCGUCUACAAGAGCGGCCGCGUGGAGCGCUUUCUGCCGGUCGACUUCGCCCCACCCUCAAUCGACCCCACCACCGGAGUCUCCUCAAAGGACGUCCCCAUCCUUCCAGGAGCCGGCGUGUCGGCGCGAAUCUACCUGCCGGCUGCUCCCGCCGGUGGACACCAGAGCAAGGUCCCCGUCCUCUUAUUCUUCCACGGCGGCGGCUUCUGCCUUGGCUCGGCGUUCGACGAGGCCGUGCACGGCCACGCGAACCAGCUCUCCGCGCAGGCCAGCGUAAUCGUCGUGUCGGUGGAAUACCGCCUCGCGCCGGAGCACCCGGUCCCCGCGCUCUACGAGGACGCCUGGGCGGCGCUUCAGUGGGUGGCUGCGCACGCGGCCGGCCAGGGGCCGGAGCCCUGGCUUACUGCUCACGCGGACUUCGGGCGCGUCCACGUCGGCGGCGAGAGCGCCGGCGCCAACAUCGCGCACCACACCGCAAUGCGCGCUGGCGUCGAGGAGCUCGGCCACGGUGUGAAGGUGAACUCGCUGGUGCUGAUCCAUCCGUACUUCUUGGGGGGCGACAGCUCCGAGUCCGACGAGAUGGGCAUGGCGUUGCUCCGUGAGCUGGUCCGGCUGUGGCCCGUGGUCUGCCCGGGGACCAGUGGGUGCGACGACCCGUGGAUCAACCCGAUGUCGGACGGGGCGCCCAGCCUGGCCGGGCUAGGGUGUGCGCGUGCGCUAGUAUGCGUUGGGGGCAAGGACGCCAUGAGGGGUAGGGGAAGGCUGUAUUGUGAGAAGUUGAUGGGAAGUGGAUGGCACGGCGAGGUGGAGGUCUGGGAGGCGGAUGGACAGGGCCAUGGCUUCCACCUCUUCUGCCCGACGAGCACGCAGACAAAGGCGCAGGUUCGCGUCAUCACCGACUUCAUGAGCCGAUGAUGUGAUCUAGGGUUCUCCAUUCUUCAUCAGAUACUAAAAAGCAAGAACCGGGAUCCUUAGUUUGUCUCAUUCUCUUCCAAUUUGAGGGUCCAUAGAGGUGUUCUCAUAGUGAUCUUUGAAGAUUUCCCAUCUCUGAACAGUUUUUAUUUCAUUUUUCUAUGGUAAGUUUUUCUAUAUGAAAAUUGGUUAUUCGAGAUGUAUGAUGACCCUUGUUAAAAAUCAAUGGCUGAAUUGUUAAAACGGCCAACUCAUAAUCGGCAACUUUACGGGUUA